AAGCUGCUGCUCUCCAGUUCAAGAAAUAUGCUCCUCUGAGAAAAAUGACCAGCGAACCGAUUAUUGACGAAUACGACGGUGGUCCGACGACAUGGGAACAGCUAGUUCCGGUGUGCAUUCUGACGGCUAUUCUACUUAUUUUACUUAUUGCCUGCCUCAAAGAAUGCCACUUCAAGUACAAUAGACGCAAGACUCCUGAACCUCCACGAGACCUUGGACCUCUUCCAAAAAUCACGGUGACCAAUGGUCGGACCGGCGAAGAGCGUGUCAUCCAAGAAUGAAGAAAAAUCUACGCAGAAAAAUAAAAUCUAAUUUAUUGUUAUUCCAAAUCUCGACUAAUGAAACGUUCAUUUAUU